CUGACUGCGGCGCUUCCUCCUACAGCCGCUUCCGAGUCGCAGCCCCAGGGGCGGGAACGCCUGCAGCAGCCCGGAUACCGAGCGGUGGUAGGCUUAGGGGGUCCUGGAGCCGGAGCUGGGAGCCAGAGUCAGUGCUGAAUCCUGGCCUGAGGCUGCGGGCUCUGCGACCCUUCGAGAUGGACGGGCCAGAAGGCAAUGCUGGUCAGCCUGGCCCAGCUGAGAGGUCCCACCGGAGCAGCGUGUCUUCAGUGGGAGCCCGAGCUGCUGAUGUACUGGUGUACCUGGCCGAUGACACAGUGGUGCCCCUGGCUGUGGAGAACCUGCCCUCACUCAGUGCCCACGAGCUGCACCGGGCAGUCCGUGAAGUCCUGCAGCUCCCAGACAUUGCCCUAGAUGCCUUUGCACUCUGGCUUGUCUCCCCGCUGCUGGAGGUGCAGCUGAAGCCCAAGCACCAGCCCUACAAGGUGGGCCGCCAGUGGCCCGAGCUGCUACUGCGCUUCACUGACGCCCCAGACGACGAUGUGGCCAUGGAUGAGCCUUCCCUGCAAUUCCGAAGGAACGUGUUCUUCCCAAAGCGGCGGGAGCUCCAGAUUCACGAUGCCGAGGUCCUGCGGCUGCUGUAUGAGGAGGCCAAGGGCAACGUGCUGACCGCUCGAUAUCCGUGUGAUGUGGAGGACUGCGAGGUGCUUGGCGCCCUGGUGUGCCGUGUGCAGCUUGGGCCCUACCAGCCUGGCCAGCCUGCUGCCUGCACCCUGAGAGAGAAGCUGGACUCCUUCCUCCCUGCCCAUCUCUGCAAGCGGGGCCACGGCUUCUUUGCUGCCUUCCGGGGCCGCAGUGCCAAGUCUGGGACGGGCGAGCAGGGCUUGCUGAACGCCUACCGCCAGGUGAAGGAAGCAGUCAGCAGCAGCGACAGCGGCCAGGAGGCCGCCCUGGCCUCCCACUACCGUGCCUACCUCCUCAAGUGCCACGAGCUGCCCUUCUACGGGUGUGCCUUCUUCCAUGGCGAGAUUGACAAGCCAGCCCAGGGCUUCUUACACCGGGGCGGACGCAAGUCCGUAACUGUGGCCAUCAGUCUGGAAGGCGUGCAUGUCAUCGACAGCAGGGAGAAGCACGUCCUGCUGGGCCUCAGCUUCCAGGAGCUGUCCUGGGACCACACCUCCCCGGAGGAGGAGGAGCCUGUGUUGUGGCUGGAGUUCGAUGGGGACAGUGAGGGUGUGCCUGUCAACAAGCUGCUCAGGAUCUACUCCAAGCAGGUAAGUGGGGAGCAUGUAGUGGUGUCACCCCGCAGGGCGGGCUCUGCUGGGCCGGGGCUGGCAGGGAGGACUGCCCUGCAGCUCUCGCAGCCCGAGAUGGUGGCAGUGGCAGCUGCCCUUGGAGCAGCUGUUCCUCGAGGCUUUUGCAGUUCCGCAUGAGCAGCUGCACCAUCUCCUUCUGUGCUCAAGGCCCCAUGAGGUCAGCGCUGUGGCUACUCCAGGUCUCAGAUGAGGAGCACAGACAUUAAGGUUCAGCCUUCAGUGAGCUUCUGUAUGUGGCCUGUCCAUGUAUCCAGCGAACCUUUGGCCCCAACCUCCAUUCCCCUGCGCCUCCUCCCACCCUGUUUGUCGGAGCCCUUGAAGGGUUGUUCUUGCUCCUCCUCUCCUCUCUUGGCACAUAGACGAGUUCAGGGACUCCCAUCUUUAAAAGCACAUGUCCUCUCCCGCAGGUGGCAUCGUAGGUCUUACCAAGAGGUGGGAAACAACCAGUGUCCCAACACGGUGGAUGGGUCAACCAGUUGUGCUCCACCCUUCAGUGUAACGGAUGCAGCCUUCCGAGGCUGGUUCUCUGCACUGAGGAGCAUGAUUCUGAGGCUCUUCCAUACACUUGGUUCUCUUUGGGGGAGGGGGUGGUGCUGGGAUGGAACCCAGUACCUCCAGCCAUGCUAGGCAAGCAAGCACCCUAACACUGCCCAGCCCCGGUUCAUUCCCCUUAUUCUCAAGUGGGUUUCCAUUGUCCAACGUACAGCAGUUCACCCUCUUACCCACUGGGGAGAUUUGGGUUCCCAUAUUUUGCUUUUAUUGGUAAAGCUGCUCCAAACAUUUAUGUAUAGGUUUUUAUGUGGGCAUAGGUCUCCUUUUGUAUAAAAACCUGGGAGUGAGAUUUCUGGGUUGUGUGAUAAACACGAAUAACUUUAGAACCUCCUAGAGUGGGUUCAGUGCCACAUGCCUGUAAUCUCUGCAGUUUGGGAGGCUGAGACAAGAGGAUUACAAGUUCAAAGCCAGUAUUAGCAAUUUAACAAGGCCCGAAGUUACCUAGUGAGACCCUAUCUGAAAAUAAAAAAAGAGCUGGGGAUGUGGCUCAGUGGCUAGGCACCCCCGUGUUCCCAGGUACAAGAAAACAAGUUAAUGGAUUUCAGAUUUUCACAAAAUCAUGCUCAACCUACAGUUAAGUCUUGAAAUUUUAGAACUUUGAUUUGUUUGUUUUUGCUUUUUCAAAGUUGUUUUGGGACCAGCCAUGGUGGUGUACACCUGUAAUCACCAACUUGGAACGCUGAGGCGGGAGGAUCACACCUCGGCAAGACCCUGUCUCAAAAAAAUAAAUUAAAAGGACUAAGGAUGCAGUUCAGCGGUCAAGCACUCCUGUGUUUAAUCCCCAGUACGAAAACAAAUUUAUUUUGGCUAUUUUAGUUCCUUUGCAAUUUCAAUAU